AUGACUUUAGAUUUCCUCUCCAGAAAGACCGGUGUUAUUGUCGGUGACGAUGUUAGAAAGCUUUUCGACUAUGCCCACCAAAAGGGAUUUGCCAUUCCAGCAAUCAAUGUGACCUCGUCCUCCACUGCCGUUGCUGCAUUGGAAGCUGCAAGAGACAACAACUCUCCUAUUAUUCUACAGACAUCCAAUGGUGGUGCUGCCUUUUUCGCAGGUAAGGGCGUGUCCAAUGAAGGCCAGAAUGCUUCAAUUCAUGGUGCAGUUGCUGCAGCUCACUACAUUAGAUCCAUUGCUCCAACUUAUGGCAUUCCUGUUGUUCUUCAUUCUGACCACUGUGCAAAGAAGUUGCUUCCAUGGUUUGAUGGUAUGCUAGAAGCAGAUGAGGCUUAUUUCAAGAUCCAUGGCGAACCAUUGUUUUCCUCCCACAUGUUGGACUUGUCUGAAGAAAAUGACGAUGAAAACAUUGCAACCUGUGUGAAGUAUUUCACAAGAAUGGCAAAGAUGCAACAAUGGUUAGAAAUGGAAAUCGGUAUUACUGGUGGUGAAGAAGAUGGUGUUAAUAAUGAACACGUUGAAAAAGAUGCUCUUUACACUACUCCGGAAACCGUCUUUGCCGUUUACAAGGCCCUCUCUCCAAUUUCUCCAAACUUCUCCAUUGCUGCAGCAUUUGGUAACGUCCAUGGUGUUUAUAAGCCAGGUAAUGUUGUCUUGAGACCUUCUAUUUUAGGUGAACACCAAAAGUACGCUAAGGAACAAUUAAAGACUAACAAGGAACAUCCAUUAUACUUGGUUUUCCAUGGUGGUUCUGGUUCCACCCAGGCUGAAUUCGAUGAAGGUAUUAAGAAUGGUGUUGUUAAGGUCAACAUUGACACUGAUACCCAAUAUGCAUACUUGACUGGUAUUAGAGACUAUGUCUUGAACAAGAAGGACUACAUUAUGUCCAUGGUUGGUAACCCAGAAGGUGAAGACAAGCCAAACAAGAAGUACUUUGAUCCUAGAGUGUGGGUCAGAGAAGGUGAAAAGACAAUGUCCAAGAGAAUCACUGAGGCUUUGGAAGUUUUCCACACCAAGAACCAAUUGUAA